CAUAAAGGAGUAAUUCAAAAUCACGCGUGAGUAGCCCUUGAAGGCUUGAACCAGUAAAAAUGGCGAUUCUUUUCGUUUCAGCGCUACUAUGCAGUUUUAUCCAUUAUUCCACAGGAGCUUUGUGCUCUUAUAAUUUCACUCUGGACGAUCUACCAAAUUCGAUUGUCGGGGAGGUGGCGAGUCUGCUUGCUGGGAACCUGUUGAAUGAAUUUAAUGAGUGCUCGGAGAUAUCUUAUGAUGGGUCAAAGGUAGAUAUGUGGUUGUAUACUAGAGAUGGUCCACCGACCGGUCGAAAUGUACGAGACAUUGAUACGUCAAUAUUGAAAGGCAGAAAAACAAUUCUAACAUCGCACGGGUUCCUUUGCAGUCACAACAACAAUCUCAUGCCGGAACUGAAGGACGCGUACCUGAAGCGGUACGACGCAAACGUAAUCGCGAUCGAUUGGUCGGCAUACUCAAAGGAUUACUACGCUAACGUGUACUGUAACUUACCACGAAUUGCUCAAACUGUUGCGCAAUUUUUAUGCAAAGCUGAUUAUGAGCACAACAUCGAAAUUCGAGACCUGCACAUGGUGGGACAUUCGAUGGGUGGUCAACUGGCAGGUUUAAUUGGACAAGAAACUAAAGCCCAGUGCUCAAAGAUACUGGGAAGAAUUAGCGCAUUGGAUCCAGCUGGUCCACUGUACACUUUAAGGGGCGCUGAUUCCCGAUUGGAUGCGUCUGAUGCUAAACUCGUCAUGGUGAUCCACACAAAUAUGGGAAUACUGGGCUAUGUUGGAAAUUGUGGUACUGUCGACUUUUAUCCCGAUUUUGGAGCUAUUCAGUCGGGAUGUUCUAUUUUUGAUUCACCUAGUAGCAAUCCGCUAAAUGCACUACUUUAUCCUGCUGCGUGUAGUCAUUUGCGAGCUGUAGACUAUAUGAUCGAAAGUUUAAGUUCCAAUAGGUUUAAUGCCAAAAGCUGUCUGAUGUGCACCGGUUGCAUUGCCAAUCCUAUGGGUGGAAGUAAGGCGGUCAUGGGUGAGGACGUAACGUUCGAGAAAGAUUCUUGCGCUUAUUAUAUGUACAUCAACAAAGAAGCGCCAUAUGCACAGGGUCCGAUAUAAAUCUGAAAACUCUCUAAGUGCCUUGUACAAUAAACUACCUGCUUUGCUAUAAUUUCUGUUUUUUUUUAGUUGACUUACUUCGAAUAAACUACGGAAAUUCA